AUGAACCCCGAUAGUUCUCUGCGCUCUGAGCUAGUUCGCAACUUAGUUCGAGUUAAUGGUGCAGCGCUCUUCGUUCAAGUAUGGGAAUGGGCUAUCACCCUUGAUGAUGAGGUUGAAUACAUUUGGAGCAAACCCAAAAGCUCCUGGGUCAAAUGGGUCUUUCUGUUCCUACGGUACUUCACAUUCGUUGCCCAAUUUGUUAAUCGGUCGGUGGACAUGGCAGUCCUCUAUGACUUCCCCUUGCGUCCAUCUGCUAUAAAAGUCUAUUACAUCGUGGGUGUGGUCGUCGCCCAACUAGCGAUGGCUGGUGUCGAAACCGUGAUGAUGGUCAGAGUGUACGCACUGUAUGGUCGGAGCAAGUAUGUCAAAUUCUCCUUCAUAUUCUUACUAUUUGCCGGAUUCGCGACUAUGAUUGUGGGACUGGUGUUGAAUAUUCCUGAGGAUAACUUCAAACCAACUUCAAUCAUGAUUUCCGCUCCUGCUUCGUUCGCGUAUUUCGGGGUUGCGGCGCUGGUGUCGCAGGUGGCCAUUCUGGCUCUGUCGGCGAUGAGAUGGAGGCCAGGGAGCUCCGCGCCUGUAAUGCGUAUGUUCAUGUUUGACGGCAUGCUAGCGUUUAUAUCUAUCUCAAUUCGCAAUAUCUAUUCUAGUCGUUUCAACGGUGCUCACGAUAUGUACCCUUCUUCAAUUAUCAUCCACCGCGACCAGUUACGCAUGGCUCCUGUGUUUGGUCUCGUCUGCGGGUUGCCGGCUCAUUUUGAACAUACAACGACAGUCGCAACCGCGAUAUCCCUCCGCACGGACUUCCUCUACCCCGCAGUUCACGACCAUGUAUACUCCUUGGUCAUCGCCCUCUCAAACCUGACUUCGGUACUUCUUAUAUUCAAUGCAUACCUUUCCUCGAGCAAUCCCAACACACGAAGUUAA